AUGUCGUACCAGUCUAGUUGGCACACGGGGCCGGCUCCCGACCCCCAAGACAUAAUGAGGGAUAGGGACUCGUUGCGUCUGGUGAUUGUUCAAGCGCCGCAACACGCCAAAAUAGCAACUGGUAAAGAGAAAGAUCGUAAACCUAUUGACCCUCCACCGAUUCUCAAAAUCGACCUCAGAAGUCACAAUCAGAAUUACGCAAACUUCAUUCUGUCUAGCCCUAGCUUGUUCGUCCAAGUCUACCUCAAGCCCGGUGAUAAGAAAACCAAAAUGGAUCCCGAAACCUGUGCAAAAGGCUUGGUGGGAUCGACAGUAUCCUCCCUGCAAAAGUACAAGAGUAUCGAUGGCCAGGACGAAGGCUACUUCGUUUUUCCCGACCUCUCUGUCAAGAUGGAGGGCUUUUUCAAGCUGAGAUUUGCGCUGUACAACAUGAAGGGCGGCGAGGUGUAUUUCAUGACAGAGAUGGAAUCCCACGGCUUCCAAGUUCAUACGGCGCGGUCCUACCCUGGAAUGAGUUCCUCAACGGAUUUGACCCGUCAUCUCAGCGAUCAAGGUUGUCGAUUGCGGAUUCGAAAAGAUUCGCAAGUUGUCAAGAAUCGCAAACGACAGUUCCAAUACGGCAUGGACUCUGAGCAAAUGCGCAGCGUCCGGCAACGCCAGGGCAUGGCUCAACUAGCCCAGCAAGCCCAGCGCUCGAAAGAUCUCGCACAACAGCAAGGCUUCUCCCACCAAGGCUCCGCGACGGGAGUUCCAAGUCCGGCAUCGUCUUCUCACGGAAGCGCACAAGCAUCUGCCGGGACAAUAAUGCAACAGACGAGUCGGCACCAAGUCCAGGCGGUCAGCUACGCGCAUCCACAGCCUUUGAUGGCACAUUCCAUGCCAGGGAUAAUGGGCAUGCAGUUGCCGCAUUCGUCAGUGUAUCCGCCACCAACGCCAUCUUCUGGGCUGUCGGUUGCUUCGCUUCCCUCUACUUCACCUACGCAGAGCCCAGACUUGGUGACGCCUUCAUACUAUCGGCUCGACGCAGGCCUCUACGAUUAUACGGCAACUCAAAACAGCUUGGGGGACACUUUUUUCCCGCAGUCUCAUCAGCCUUACAAGACUGAGCAAUAUUGGGAGAGAGACCCGGAUAGUAGGAUUAACAGUCAUGGGCAUGGUCACGGCCACAGCUAA